AUGGACACCAAACAAGUUCUGUUCAACGGCCAUUGCUAUCUGUUCUCCGGAUAUCCAAAAGCCUCUUGGACGACAGCCAAACAAGUUUGCGAAGGUCUCAACAUGCAUCUAUCAUCAGUACACUCCGCAGAUGAAGAGCGUUUCAUAGUGUCAGGGAUCCGACAAAGCAGCGAUUACAGCGCUGGAUCUGUCUACUGGCUAGGGGCACGUCUAGCUGGUAACGACGGAGACACCCUGUCUUGGAUUGAUGGAAGCGCUGUGGGGUACCAAGGCUGGCCUCCGUACAAUGAUACUGAAGAUGUUGAUGCUACGUGUUUGGGUGUUCAGUGGAAAUCAUCGCUAACACAAUCACAACCGAGUGGUUUAUACUGGACACUGCACAAGUGUUCGGUGACGGGAGGCUACGUGUGCAAGAGACGUCUGAACCCUGAACAUAUCAUCAACAACAUCACUGUUGAAGGCACAUCUGGAAUCCUUACGAGCCCAAACCACCCAGGAAUUUACGACAACGAUUUGGACUACUGGGUACACGUCUCUGGACCGCAGGACACGAGGCUUGUCUUCGUCUUUCAGACCGUCGACUUGGAGUAUCAGAAAGACUGUCUUUACGAUUUUGUGGAACUUCGUGACGUGCGAAGUAUGAAGUCCUCGCGGUACUGCGGCUCCGUAGGUGAGACUCGGUGGGUCGCCUCGAGCAAUAAAGCCGUACUCUACUUUCACUCCGACUACAAGUUUGUAUACCAUUUUACUACCUACCGUUCCGCUAACGUCACUGCCGUCCUAAAGAUCGCAGCCACACAAGGCACUGGUUUCUCUGUGACGUGGCGCGCUGUAGAAUUGACAGGAUGCCCAUCACAGACGUUUACAUCUAAGGAAGGGAUUCUUCGCAGUCCCAACUACCCGCACUUUCUGCUGCCAAAUCUGGAUUGCACCAUUGAUGUACUUGCUCCUGCCGGCAAACGUGUUUUCCUGAACAUCAGUCACUUCGACUUCGGCUAUGGUGUGUUUGAUAAGGGUGUUCCUAUCAACGUAACGGAUUCCAUUCCCGAAGACUCCUUUAUUGACGUACAAAUAGACCUGCAGAAUCUUCCCAUAAGACCAUUUCUGAACCCCAAUAUAUUAACAAAUGGACUAUUUGUGUCCCAAUCAGAGAUAUUGAGGCUCAGGAUCAAAACUGGAGAGAAUGUGACAGGGCAAGGAUUCUUGGCGCAUUUUAAAACAAUAAGCUACCUGAACGCGUCGCACGUGGUGGAAGUGUCAGCGGGGGGGUCAGGUCGCCUGGCAGCGCCGAACUGGCCUCAGCGCGCACCGACUCGCUCGGCACUCCGAACCCGCGUUGUGGCGCCGCACCACAACACGCUCUCGCUCGCCUUCACCGCCACCACCCUCGCCACCAGCGAUCAUGACUGGCCCUGUGGGCAGGACAAUGGUUGGAUAAAGGUCAAAGACAGCUACACAGACAACAACGGCACAGAAUGGACCUUGUGUAGCGUGGAGAGGAGCAAACGUAAGGUGGAGCCUCGAGCACCUCUCGUCAUCAACUCCUACUUGCAUUCACUGACUGUCACACAACACACUGGACAGAACGGUGUCAAUAUGGAUGUCCUGCUCAUCGUUCAUAAUGAUCCCGAGUAUCACAGCAAAGUACUAAUGUUAUCUGAAGAGACGAGCUUGGAGUCUUGCUAUCCCAAUCCCUGUCUACACAAUGGACGAUGUACAAAAGCUGACUCGAAAAACUUUUGUCAUUGUGCUGGAUAUUACACUGGUAUAUUUUGCCUGGUGACCGCAUGCGAGCGCUCUCCGUGCGCGUACGGGAACUGUUCGCUGGUGUCGAGCGAAGGCAGCGAGGCGGGCGAGGCGUUCGUGUGCGUGUGCGCGCGCGGCUGGCGCGGGCGGCGCUGCGCCGAGCGAGUGCGCGCCUGCGCCGCCAAGCCCUGCAACAACCGCGGCGCUUGCUCCGAAAGGGAUGGGGCAUUUCUUUGCCAGUGUAACCCCUCCUGGAAGGGGAAGAGAUGCGAAAUUCCGAAUCCAACACCGAAUAUCAUCGGACUUGGCCAACGCAUGCUACAGGAGCCGUUCUGGCUCGGUCUGAUCGCAGUGUUUUUAGUGCUUGGUAUGAUCGGGCUCGUGUGGUGCGCCAAGCGCCACUUCCCGGAGAAGAUCGAGAAACUGCUUGCUGAGGAAGCUGAUCGUUGCGCGAGACCGCCGCACGACGCGCCGCACCGCACGCUGCUCACGCGGCUCACGCGCGGUAUCCGCAAGCCGUCGGUGUCGGGGCUCGCGCAUCCGCGAGCCGCGCGCACCUUUAGCUUGGACGAUCUGUUAAAGCCGCCGCCCGGACGAACGCCAUCACCGCGUAAAAAAAGGAAUAAUUCUACACCAACUAAAAAAAAUGCUGCAGAGAAAAAGCAAAUUUUACAACAACUUAUAAGUCCGGCAACCGCCAACGAUCAUUCAAAGAAAAUAACAAUGGGAGAACUUAUACAAAUGUCUGAGAAAAGAACCUUGAGUACAGUUGAAAGUGCACCGGCGUUUGUUGAUUACGGAAAUGAAAAUAAAGAAACAUCGUUUGCAAGCGAAGCGUCGACGCCGUCAACAUCUCCUUCCAUGAGACAUAUUUCGGAUCCUAAGCUAGAGAAGAAAGUUACUUUCGCCCGAUUAUUGAACAAAGUAUCAGCAGAAAUGAGCUCAAGUUCUGAUGUUGAUAUGGUUAACACUAUAGCGAUACCAAUGGCAGUCAUAGCUGAUAAAGGAAUAAGAGCUAAAGCAUCCAGUACUCCACCGUCACCAGGAGUCGAAAUAAGAUCACCUCACAGCACAUCAAGUAAUCAAGGAAGCGACUCAAUGUCUAGUUUAGACCUGACACUGGCUAAUGCAGCUUUAAAGAAAUAUUCGAGGACUUCAAAGAUUUCGAGUGCGGACUCUAUCUUGGCUAUGUUCCGCAACUUUUCGUCGUCUUCUGCAGCAAUAGUAUCUCGGGCAUCGUCAGGCGGGUUCUCUGUGUCUAGUACACCUUCGGCAUCAUCACCGCAAGAUGACUCAGUGGACGCCGAUGACAUAUCACUCGCUUCAUCCCACAUCCCUUCACUGGCACCAGAUUCACCAGUAACUAGACCGCACAAUACUAUUGAGAUUCAGGUUCUGGAUCCGCUAAGCGCACACAAAUCGUCUUCAUCAGGCAGUAACUUACUUCACCCUCCUUCUAUUCUCUUAGAAGUUCCUAGUGGCAUCAACAAAUGCCUUUCACCCAUCCGAGAAUUACCUACGCCUUUGCCCACUCCUCUUCCCACACCUUUGCCCACUCCGUUGCCAUCGCCUCGAAUGCCCAGAGCCAGCACAGAAAUUGACGCAAAGUGUGAGACCACGGGUGCUUGUGUAUCUCCCAGUGAGGAUGAACUGGAUGAAAUUAGGAGUGAAUCCAAGAUGGAGCGACAGACAUCUGGGUUAAUGUUGAAGUUACGCCAACAGCACAUCAGCACAGAAACGCCGACACCAUCCACGCAUGUAACAGACUCUCCCAGCCCUAGCUUCACUCACAGCCAGGACUCCGAGCGAGAGCUGUCCUCCCCUUCCAUACCGCCAGCCGGUCUCAGUGUCCCCGUGCUUAUGAUAGAGCGGCCUUCUCCUGGCUCCCCGCCACCCCGCCGCACUCCUCCGCACCUAGAUUUCCAACCGCCUCCCCUCAUCACCGUUACAUACAACGCCAGCGAGGAGUCCGAUGAACCGCUAUCUCCCCGGCCACCCCCGCCCUCAGCCAACAUGUGUUACCUCAGCCCUUUCUCCAUGUCUGCGCGAGGAGAACGUGCUCCAUCAGAGUCCAACCUCUCGUCGUCAGGGUACAGCUCCAUGGCCAGCCCGGGACCCUCGCGCUGUGGUUCCAGCAACCCUCUCUGCCCGUCUGAGAUGGAAGACCCUGGUUCCGGUGGUGGCCCCUCCUGCUUCAUGUCCAGACGGCGCCCACUCAUGAAGACCAACUCUAGCCCAGCCGCUUCCAACGACGACAGUAAGGAACGUAGGCGCGGCCGCUCUGACUCCGAGACGCUAUCCGAUGAUCCCUUGUUAGAGUCCAACGACGAAGGCAUAGGCACGGAUGAGAGAGUGGACGACGUACCUUCCAGUGCGAAAGAGAUGGAACUAGUCGCGUUGAAAGAGACUUUGGAAGUGCCGCAAGCGACCCUCUGCUCCCCUAGCGGAGUUACCAAAUGCUCUAUAGUUAAAUGUAUAAGUGUAGAGAGAGGACUAGAUGAGAAGGCUUGUCUGAGGCCACCGACUUUGUUAUCAGAGGGUAGUAGACCCUUGAGUCCUGUCAGUUCGAGGAGUGAGAGUCCGCUGAGCGACAAGACCGGUCUGGGAAGAUUCUCACCUCAAUUUUACGGUCGACAACUGCCGUUUACAGAUUCCGAUGGGUUGUACGACUUCCCGAGUUCUGAAUGCGUCAAAGGCGCAAACAAGUCGGCCGGAAACUGUCAGAAGAAAAGUGGGCGGAAGCGGGAUAGGCGGACGGCGCGGACGGCGUCGCAUGACGUAGCGGGUGGCGCGGCGGGACAGGUCAAGUCCACGCUGCCACACAUGCCUCAUUCCAUGCACAAUUUAUUAGAGGUACCCGGCAGUCGUGAGGGGGCUGUGCGUGGGCGUAAGGGAGGGCGGCGCCGUUCACGCUCGCAGGCCCCGGCGCCAGCCUACUCCUCGUCGUCGGAGGACUCCGUGUCUAACGCCAGUGUUGCCAGCAUAGCCUCCGCGAGGGAACUCAGGCUGCCGGAUAUGGAGUUGCAAGUGCAGGAUACGUCGUCCAAAAUAUCUUCAAGUUUAGACUUAACGGAGGACUCAAGGAAACCAGUUAAAGUUAAUAAAUUAAGGACCAUUAGUAACCAGAUUAGAUUUCUGCGACGCCUAGAGCGCAGUCUAAAAAUGAAAGAAAGUUAUCCUGCUCUGUCUGAUGAUGAGGGCGACGAGUCUUCAAGCGUCACUUCACCUUUACUUCAGGGACGAAAAGAUUUAGGUCUACUGCCUAGCCAUGCGAUAUCAGCACCCUUACUUAGUGCAGUAAGGCCUAAAAUUACUAGACAAAGACGAUACGAUAGAUCGUUGAUAAGUGAAGACACGAGGACUUUGAACACAGCUGCGGCGCAAGACAAUUCUGACUGA